GUUAGACACAAGAAUUCACAGCGCUAUUGAUCGUUGUUGGAGUUCAUCACGCCCAUCGCACCGCAUCAARGAAUACGAAGACGAACAACGGCCAUGUCUUCCAGAUCUGGUUACAGCUAUUUCCAAGAUCCCCUGCCCUCUGCUUCUCUGAUUUCGGCUACGGCCGCCGCUAGCAAUGGCAGCAGCAGCAGCAGCAGCAGCAAGGCAGAACCCUCCUCUUCGACUGCUUCCACGUCUUCGUCGUCCCCGUAUUCCUCGAUGGUGACAAUACUGGGCCAAACGACCGGAAUGUCCCCGGUGCAAGCGGAACGAGCCGUAGGCUGGUCUACGAUUACCGGAACGGGCCUCGUUGCCGCGAAGCUUGCCCUCUACGCCUACCGAUCCCUGAAAGGAGAGGGCCGAAUCGAAGACGAAAUCAGCGACUGCACGACCGAGGUUUCCAAGGAGGGGAAAGUUCCCAAGGACGUGGUAACAAAGCCCCAGCAACGGCGGACGGCGAGCUAUUCCAUUCUCGGWAUCUUYCGCAGAACCCUYCGCCGGAUGUUGCUCGACGAAUCCGAGUACAUUGCCCGCGCUCCGCCYCCCACCGCCGAGGAAGAUGCGAUCGCUGAGCAGUCCGAGGGACCCCUCGUUACCUAUCAAGGAUCUUGCCACUGCGAAUCGAUUCAGUUUACGGCUCUGGCACCCCGCGAGCUGAAAGCUCAGGACGGACCGGGAAAGAUUCAGUUCCGGCACACGCAGGUCAGGGCCUCGAACUUUCGCAUCUAUGCGGGGUACGAGCACCUCAAAACCUAUUACGUCUUUUACCAUUCCAGUGGCAACAAGGGUGCGCACGCCUUUUGCCAACGAUGCGGUGUYCAUGUUCUUUACGCGCCCUCCAAAAGCACUCCGUUCCUGAGCAUCAACACCCGCUGUCUUCGCGACGAAGACAACCGCAAAAUCAAACUGACCUCCAAGAAGGACGGCAUCUCGGAAGGAAUCCCCGUGGCCGGGCAGUUCGAUAACACCAACAAYGUCAACUUUUCCGAUCAAUUGUCGACCAUCUCGGAAGUCACSCAGCCCUUUCACUUCCAAAUGAACCACAGCAACAACGCCAAUGCWCAGUACAAGAAUCCGGUCACGGACCUCAGGCGAAGGCCGUCGGACAUAUCCAGCAUGGAGUCGUCCAUAAUUUCAGGCGACGGAGCCAUCGAAGUGUUCUACCCCACCCCCUACGAYCGGAAGAACCGACCAAAGCAACAAUUGCAACGCCCGAUGACRCCCACCACGUCCUCGGUGACGACCGGCGGAGAAGCCGAUUCGUCUGGYUCCUUGUACAAGGGRCAUUUGAACSAACUGCAGAUGAUCUGCCCGACGAGUCCCCCCCGAUCCGGCGGCGCUUCCAUUGGYGGGAUCGACGAGUUCAGUUUCGGGGAGAGCGUCUCGCUCAUGGACGACAAUCUCAGCGUAGCCUCUCCCAAGACCGCCACGAUUUCCAUCCGCAGAAACCAGCRCACCCUGCGCGUGAAAGCGGGGGGAGARAACCAGAGCCUCCACAGCAACCACCCGCCGCGCCAUCCCACCGUGACGUCACCGGAAACACGAAACAAGAUGAAGUUUUUCAUGAGCAAGUACAAGAAGCAACCGAGCAGYGGCAACUAAGRUGCGGGAACGAACGGAGAUAGUAUAUGUAGGAAGGAAGAAACCAAAAACACUUGCGUUUUCGGCAAUGGGGUUCGUGUCCCAUUACGUUAAAGCGAUCCAAAAUCGAGAUGUUCCCCGCAAUACAACAGAACUAACUUU